AUGUCGAAACCAAGCGCGCAAGAGCUCAUGAAGCGUAAGACGCUUCAAGUCGGCCCCGAAACUGUCAUGAACCAGCAGUCUACCGACUUUCCAGGACACUGGCCGGGAGAGAACCAUGAGUGGGAUUUGGAUUACUUCAAAGAGAACUUCAACGUCACCUUCCAUAGUCAUAGUCCCUUCGACACACAAUUCUCUCUUACUGGCAUUGAUACCUCGGUAGCCAACGCCUUUCGCCGCAUACUACUAUCUGAGAUCCCCACGCUUGCCAUAGAAGAUGUCUUCAUCUACCAAAAUACGUCCAUUAUCCAAGACGAGGUACUUGCUCAUCGCCUAGGUCUGGUGCCCUUGUGCGGCGACCGCGAGGGCCUGCGUGCGAUGAAGUGGUACUCCAAGCCCACUGAAGAAGACCCUGAAUCAGGCACACCAACUGACUGGAAUACUGUGGUACUGAGACUAGAUGUAGAAUGCAAAUGGCAAGAAGGUGGUCUGCAGAGAGCGGUCGCAGGCGAAACCGAUCCCGACAAACUAUACAUAGGCCACAACGUCUACGCCAAAGAUAUUGAGUUCAAACCCAUAGGCCGCCAAGCAGAACUUUUCUCGUCCGAACAAGGGAAAGAAAUACGCUCCACCAACCCAGACAUCCUGAUUGCGAAAAUGAGGCCGGGCCAGAGCAUAAACCUCAGCAUGCAUGCCAUCAAGGGUAUUGGACAGGACCACGCCAAAUUCUCCCCUGUAGCAACAGCUUCCUAUCGCCUGAUGCCUACAAUCGAUAUUACCAAGCCUAUUGUCGGACCUGACGCCAAAAAGUUUGCGCGAUGCUUCCCUCGCGGAGUCAUUCGCCUUGACACAGUUACUGAGACCGAUGUCAAACAACACCCGGAGCUUGAGGGCAAGGAAGGCGAGGCCAAGGCUGUAGUGGCAAACGCUAUGAACGACACAGUCAGCAGGGAAUGCCUGCGACACCCAGAGUUCAAAGACAAGGUCAGGCUUGGACGGAUACGGGAUCACUUUAUCUUCCGGGUAGAGAGCACGGGCCAAUGGGAGAGCGACGAGCUAUUCUUGGAAAGUAUCAAGUUGCUUAAGAUCAAGUGCCAAAGGAUCAAGCGCGGACUCGAGGAAAUGAACAAAUAG